AUGAUCAGCGGCGGUACACCGAUUGUUGAUUCUAGCAACCAGUUUGUCAAAAAUUAUGUACGUGUCGUUCGGCGCCCACAUAUCCUCAGCCUCACUAAAGGGCGCAAUAGGAAAAUCUGGCAAAUCAGAUGGGAACCCAUAACCUACUCCGAGGAAGAGGAGAAGGGCAUCAUUUUUCCCCACUCCGAUCCCAUGAUUGUUCGGGCCAACAUUGCUGAUUUUGACGUAGGCCGAAUCCUCGUCGACACUGAAAGUUCGAUAAACGAACUAUUUACCGAUGACUUCGCGGGCCUAGGAAUCAAACACUAA